AUGUCGCGCGUCUACGCCGAAGUCAACCAGAACAUGCCCAGAAGCUAUUGGGAUUACGAUAGCGUCAACAUCAGCUGGGGUGUUCUGGAGAACUACGAGGUCGUUCGCAAGAUCGGCCGCGGCAAGUACUCUGAGGUAUUCGAAGGUAUCAACAUUGUCAAUUACCAGAAAUGCGUUAUCAAGGUCCUCAAGCCUGUUAAGAAGAAGAAGAUCAAGAGAGAGAUCAAGAUUCUGCAGAACCUGUCUGGUGGCCCCAACAUUGUGGCUCUGCUAGAUGUCGUUCGCGAUAGUCAGAGUAAAACUCCUUCGUUGAUCUUCGAGCACGUCAACAACACCGACUUCCGCAGCCUGUACCCCAAGUUCAAUGACAUUGAUGUUCGCUACUACAUCUUUGAGCUGCUCAAGGCUCUUGAUUACUGCCACAGCAAGGGCAUCAUGCACAGAGACGUCAAGCCUCAUAACGUUAUGAUCGAUCAUGAGAACCGAAAGUUGCGUCUCAUUGACUGGGGUCUGGCUGAGUUCUAUCACCCGGGAACUGAGUACAACGUUCGCGUCGCUUCUCGGUACUUCAAGGGUCCGGAGCUGUUAGUAGACUUCCAAGAGUAUGACUACAGCUUGGAUAUGUGGAGCUUGGGCGCCAUGUUCGCGUCCAUGAUCUUCCGCAAAGAACCAUUCUUCCACGGCCAGAGCAACUCCGACCAGCUCGUUAAGAUCGCCAAGGUGCUCGGUACAGACGAUCUGUUUGACUACCUUGACAAGUACGAGAUCGAGCUCGACCCUCAGUAUGAUGACAUUCUCGGUCGUUUCCAAAAGAAGCCAUGGCAUAGCUUCGUCAGCGCAGAGAACCAAAGGUUCGUCAGCAACGAGGCUAUCGACUUCCUGGACAAGCUUCUCCGAUACGAUCACCAGGAACGUCUGACCGCCAAAGAGGCCAUGGCGCAUGCCUACUUCGCUCCCAUCAGGGACGAAACAACUCUCAAGAAUUAUUUAGGAGGAGCCGUUGUCAGCUCAGAAUCUUGA